UACUUCACCAAUUGUGACUUGGAGCUUCCAUCUCAAACACAAUGGAUUCAACUUCAAUCAUUUGGUCUCUUCUAUUAGCUUUUGCUCUUAUCUCUCCCUUUAGUGUCAAUGCACAAGGACCUGCCGCUUCACCAGCAACCCCCACCACCACUACUCCUCCUCCAACCAUCACUGUUCCUCCACCAACAACCACUGCUACGCCACCAACAACCACUUUUCCCCCAUCAACAACCACUGCUCAGCCUCCAACAACAGUCGUUCCGCCCGUUUCAGCUACUCCGCCACCAGCAACACCGACUACACCUCCACCAGCAGUUACUCCAACUUCAUCACCACCAGCUCCAAAGGUUGCACCAGUAAUCAGUCCAGUAACUCCACCUCCACAACCACCACCAAGCCCGCCCGUUUCAGCUCCAACCGUCUCACCACCACCAGCUACACCACCACCUGCACCGGCCUCUCCUCCACCGGCGUCACCACCUGCACCAACUUCUCCACCACCAGCACCAGCUUCACCCCCUCCAGCGCUUACACCAAUAACUCUACCACCAGCACCAGCUCCUGCGAAGCACAAGAAAAAGCACAAACACAAGCGGCAUCACCAUGCCCCGGCUCCAGCACCAACUCCUCCAAGCCCUCCAUCUCCUCCAGUUCUAACAGAUUCCCAGGACACUGCUCCAGCACCAUCACCUUUUCAGAACGCGAACGGAGGAAAUGCAUUGAAUCAGCUACAAGGAAGAGUAGGAAUGUGGCUCACUACCGUAAUGGGAACUCUUGUUCUUCUGGCUAUGGCAGCCUAAAUUUUCUAACUCUUCUGCUCUAUAUCACCUAUGUAUCCACUUGAAAAACUACAUUUUUUUCCCCAUUGUAUACCAACACAUUGAUUAAAAAAAAAUAAUACAUUUUUUUCUCUA